ACCCAUGUUGAGAACGUGUACCUAGCACGGUAUUCUAGUCAUGGGUACGGAAGUGGCUUACCUGGAGGAGGGUCAGCUACCUUUAGCAACAGAAAAGGAACGGUAAAUUGCACUUUUGCUUUUCUCAAACUCAAGCCAACGGCAGUUUGCUCUACGAAGCAUUUGGAUCAGUUAGUACACCUGUAUGGUUUGGAUAAACCAGCCACCAGUUCUCCAACUGCACUUUGUACAAGGUGGUUGAGAAAGGGAGGCAAAGAGGUAAUCGACACUCCAUAUCCUGCGGGUCGAUGUCAAACCGCGCCACGUUUCAAUAUACCCAAGGCCAGCUGGGAUUGUCAAGCAACGAAGUACGUAGCAAGUUAUCCGAAAAACAAAGACAGAAAUACCUGGCCAAAGACACCACAGGAACGGGCCGGCCUGGUAGUAACCUAUCCAGGGGUUUCGGAAGCCCGGGACAAGUAUGCGCCGCCACCGAAAGCAGUGACCGAAGUCUUCAGCAAUUAUGGUGUUCUGCAGCAGCUGCAGCCGGGUUACCGUGUGAACCCUCACCAAGAUUAUCAUAUCAAGGGAUGGAGCCCCCUGCCGAAGCGCGAGCCUACGGGCAGCGAAACAACCGAAUACAAACUGAAAUUUACAUGGCCGUCUAACAAGAUACCAUUCGCAGAUCUUGGAGGUGCGAGCACCCAGUAUGCAGCUUAUUCAUGCUGUGCUACGGAGACAUCGGUACCUGAGGGUAUGAAAACGCUCAAACUUCUCGGAUCGGAACCAUAUGUUAAAACUGUUGUUACAUCAACCUUUCAGUUGCUUCCACACAGCUCGGGUUUGGGUACCACAAACGAGAGAUAUGAAUUCGAAUCAGUACAAAUCCCUAUCGAACUGAACGGGCUCUACAAAUCAUUCUUCAAACCCCGACGUCCAGUUGAUCUGGUAUCCUUUAUCAUUCGCACCCUGGACAACAGAAUGCUCUUGCAUGUACACUGGACUGGCUUUCUAUUGAUGUGUGUUAACUCCCUGAAACGAGGAUCGACAGGUCCAAGUACGGUUGUUGAACUGACCUUCUCAUUGAUUUGCUCUUACUUCUUGCUCGAACCAGAGGCAACUGCGGCUAGUUCCGCUGGGGUUGGUAUUGAUCUACGCCACCGCAAUGAAGGGUUCCUGUCUGAAUCGUUGACCUUUGACGGUCGCUUAUAUACAGUCCGCUUGACAGCAUUCGUGAGUAUCAAA